GGGGUCGAGGUGUUCUGUUGACGUGGAAUAGGAAGCACUGCAAACAUGGCUGCGCCCAUGGCGGAGCGAGAUAAUUACUUAGAGACAGAAAUAAACAGUCUGACAAUGGCUGAAAACAACUCUGAGUCUGUCUCCAAAGAUGGAGAAGGUACAGACUACAUAUUGCAGUUCGUAGAAAAAGAAAUCGGUUGCGAUCUUAAGGCAUUAGGCAAAGUUAGUGGUAUGCUUGAGAAGCUAAAGGCUGAAAACAAGGCUCUGGAAGAACAGGUAAUGACGGCAUCGAGUUCGGUGCCGUUGCGUGUGUCAGCUGCCAUCGAAACUGCAGAGAAAUCUCGGUCGGACUUGGACAGUUUACUUCACAGAGAGAGGGUACUCUCAAACACAUUGCAACAACAUCUUCAGGGUGCACAGAGUUGGGCAGACAGCCUUGGACAAACACUUGGCCAGUUGGACAUCAUAGAAAAGCACCAGAAGUAUUUGCAGUGUUUAGCCCGCAUUGAAGAGCUCAGUGACAGUAUUCAGCAAUGUUUAAUGACCAGUAGCACGUGGGAAGCUGUUGGGGCCAUCGGCACUAUGGCCAACCUUGACCUGAGCCUCCAGGAGUCUGGCUGCAGCCAUCUGCAGGCUUUCCUCAGAGAGACACUACACUUUUGGCACAAGAUCCUGAAAGACAGACUAGCAGGGGACUUUGAAGAGGUUCUCACUCAGCUGCACUGGCCUUUCAUCUCCCCUCCGACGCCCUCUCUCUCCCCGCCUGCUAACACCCAGGAGCUGAACAGCCAGCUGGAGCUCCUGGUCUCUCAACUCCUGGCCCUGCAGACCUCUGAUGACCUCAUAUCAGAGAAGGAGUCCUCCUCUCGUUUGGGCCUUCCCCAGCCUUCACCUCUGUCUCUGCCCAUCAAGAUCAUGAUGGUUCCUCUCAGCAAACGGUUCAGGUACCACUUCACUGGGAACCGGCAAACCAACUCCCUAAACAAGCCAGAGUGGUAUCUAACCCAGGCUCUCAUGUGGAUGGGGAACAACUCGAACUUCAUGGAAGAGAAGAUCCAGCCUAUUCUGGAUCACUCUGGAGCCAACAUCAAUGCUAAGGUGGAACUGUGUCGGGGCCUCCUCUUUCUUGCUCAGGAGAAGCUGGCCUUGGAUGCUUCUCGGCUUCUGUAUGAUGAUGCUCUCUUCUGCCACCUGGUGGAUGAGGUGCUUCAGUUUGAAAAGGAGCUGCGCACCACACAUCAGUACCCGAGUACCUUGCCUGGUGCCCUGCACAUCCUGCUGGAGGAAGCCGUCUUUCAGAAGUGGCUCAGCGUCGAGAGAAAGAUGGCGCUGGAGAAAGUGGAUGCCAUGCUGUCAGCAGAGGGAGCUUGGAGCUCCCAGUACAGAGAUAUCACAGACAUGGACGAGCUGAAAGCCCCAGACUGCGCCGAGACCUUUAUGACACUCCUGUUGGUCAUCACAGACCGCUAUCGCUCCCUCCCCUCCCCACGGGCGCAGCUCAGCUUCCUGGCCCUGCAAAGGGAGCUGGUGGAUGACUUCCGCAUCCGACUCACGCAAGUAAUGAAAGAAGAGUCUCGGAAUCCCCUGGGAAUACGCUACUGUGCCAUCCUCAAUGCUUCCAACUACAUCUCUGCAGUUCUGACUGACUGGGGUGACAAUGUGUUCUUCCUUCAGUUGCAGCAGGCUGCAGUGGCCCUUGGUGAUGAGGUGCUGGGGCCUCUGGGGGCCACAGAGACUGGCCGUCUGGCCUCUCUUGAGGGCUCUCUGUUUGAAGAGCUGCUGGGAUUGUUGGAGCGUCUCCGUGGGGAUAUGAUGGGGCGGCUGCUGGAUGCGGUCAUGAGAGAUGUCAAGGAGAAAACCCAGACCUACAUCCGAGACAGAUGGCUUUCGUUGCCCUCCCAGCAUGACCAGGCAACCAUGUCUUUGUCCAGUUCUGCGUGUCCCAUGAUGCUUUGCUUGCGGGACCAUCUGCUCCAGCUACAGCAGCUGCUUUGUCUUCCUCUGUUCCAGAUGUUCUGGCAAGGCUUGGCUGAGAGGCUGGAUCUCUUUCUUUACCAAGACCUUAUCUUGUACAACCAUUUCAAUGAGGGUGGCGCUGCUCAGCUCCAGUUUGACAUGAUGAGGAACCUCUUCCCUCUGUUCGGACACUAUUGCAAGAGACCAGAGAACUUCUUUAAGCAUGUGAAGGAGGCUUGCAUUCUCCUGACGCUUAAUGUAGGCCCUGCUCUGCUGCUGCGGGACCUCCUGAGACAGGCGGAAGAGGACACAGCAGUCCUGGAGGGUCAGCAGCCCAGCCCAGAGGCUGCCCUCAACGAGAUGGGCGUGUUCCGGCUCACCCCCUACGACGUCUCCAUCCUGCUGGGGCUUAGAGCGUCAUGGCCUGAACAGUGAACAGUCCAUCCAGAAUACCUAGAAGGGCUUCAAUUAACUACCGCUGAAAUACAUUUAGCAUCCAUAAUGGGGUUGGUAUACAGGUGGCAUGAUGACUCACUCACGUUUGAUCACUGUGAUGACUUUUAUAUAAUUUUGGAAUCUGUUGCAAGUAUUUAUGGCCUAACAUUCAGUGAAUCCAGCCAUCAUGACAAAAUAAUUGCAGCUUUACAAUGUUCAUUUUGUCAGCCAUAUACAACAUCUCUGUAAAAAACGUACACGUACACACAUUUCUCCAGUUCAUAUGUGGAACUUGUACGUGUAAAUGUUGAUAAAUCAAGUCAAUAACCUGUGAAUGUGCUUGACUAAGAUUGGCAUUAAAGGUUCAUAAUAAACUGAAAA